AUGAAGGAAUUGCCCCUUUCUUUAUUCAAUAAGCUUUCGAAUCAAUACUCUAAGGAUGAAACUAUUGAAGAUGAAAUAGAGAAACUAAUUUGCUCCAUUGGCUCGUUACCAGAUGAAAAACCAACUGAAUUACUUCAUUAUACCAGAACGGUCACUGGCGAAAUCAAGCCAAACGAUAAACAAGGUUUAAAAUUGUUAAAUAUUCCUAUAGGCAAAGGCAAAAAGUUAAAGUCUAAAACCCCAGAGCGAAUAAUAGGAUCUGAUUUAACAACAGGAUAUCAAGGAUUUAAAAAAGCUUCAGCAAGCGAAAUAUAUCAAUUAGAUGGUUUAUUCACAUCUCUUAAGUAUUAUUUGGACAAUGCAGAGAACAAGCAAAAGUCGUAUGAAAGGAUUCAGUCAUCAAUUAUGUCUUUAAGACGAAAUUUGCUUAUGCUUAUGCUAAUACCUUUAAACCACUGGAAAGAAUAUAGAUUUAACGUAAUUUAUUGGAAAGGUAUGAUCAUUUUAGACUACGAUUGGGAAUAUUUUGAAGACGACAUCAACAUAGGAAUGUCAAAUUUGAGUUUGAGUCGGAGAAAUAAUACAGAAUUAUUACAAUACACUGGUUUCAAAUUCGAAGACUUAAUUACGCUGGCGCCAGAUAAAUCAAAUGACUUUUAUACCCUCGUCUCUCAGAAUUUCGAUAAUUUCAAUACAAUAUUUACUGCCGAAGUUGAUGCUGGCAUAGAUGAUGCUACUUCUUUAUCUUCGUAUGUUGAAUUAAAAACACAUAGUCAGACAAAAUCGCAAAUUGAUUUCAAAUUAUCCUCCAAAUUAAUGUCAAGCUGGUGUCAGACAAAAUUGGUUGAUGGAAAACAUGUGAUUAUUGGGUUUCGUUCAAAGAGCUAUAAUCUUACAUCGAUUAAAAAGUAUCAAACUAACGAAAUAUCAAAUUUGUUGAAUUUACACCCGUUAAAACUUGCAGAUAAUUCUACCAUUACCUGUAAAAAGCUAGUAAGAUGGUAUAAAUGCGUCUUGAAAUGGAUUAUUGAUCUGAUCCGAGAAGAUAGCGAGGUCGAGAACUACAAAGUAUAUAAAAUACAUUAUUCACCAAAGAAUUGCCCUGCCGACUCUUCCUUGUUUCUCGAACCUAUUAAUGAUGAGACUAGAAGCGACAUUUUUAACCAAACCAUCCCACAGUGGUUCCAGGAAUAUAUCAAUGUUUGCACCGAGCCAUGA